AUGACCAAAACAACAGGUGCCAAUAUCUUCGAGGCUGAGUUUCUCUUCCUCACGGUCAUGGAUGCAUUGUCUGCCGAUGCAGUCUACGAAGAUACCUUCAAGAAAAACCAGCUCGACCUGAUGAGAAUCCGUUUCAUGCGAUGCAGCCGUCUUCUUGGGCUUGCCCGUCAAGAAGUGCCAUACGUCCAGGGCUCGCUGAGCGGUCUUGACCUGGUCGCGGUCUCUCAACGAAUGUCCGAAUUGAAGACGGCCCUGGAUCAGAGCGGCACCUUUGUGCCUGCGGGCAGCAAGGCAGCCCAGGCCGACCCCGACUCCGACCCCGACUCGCUCAGAGGCUGGCUGGUCAACUUCCAGCGCAGCUAUCGACAGAAGUUCAACGCGGAGCAUUCGAAUCCGGUAUUGAAGUGGGUGCCAAAAGACCUUGACAGCAUUCAGACAAUGUGCAACAGUUUCAACGAUGCGAUCGUUGCUCUUGAAAAGCUCGUUGGAGAUGACGUUGUGUCUCUCACCAGGGAGGACGCCAUUGAGCUCGCGAGAGCACCGUCCCAGGCUAGCCUGAUGGAGGCUGCGAAGGACACAGAUUUCAUGCUAUUCGAGUUUUUGCAGGAGGAGCAGAUGAAGCAGCAGCAGAAGCAGGCGGUCGAUAACCACGAGGGGCAGCAUGACCCGGAGCAGCACCAGGAACAGCUAAAGCGAGAGGAGGAGAUACUGCAGAGAAAGCUGGCCGGAAUACGGUCCGAGCAGUCCAACAAGAAUCAAGACCAUUCUUUGGCCCGGUCCGAGCUGCAGAGAAAUAUGGGUGCGAACAAUCGAGAUUAUCAUCGGUUGGUGGCCGGGCUACAGAGAGACCAAGCUGCGUGCGAUGCAGACUACCGUCGGCAGCAGGCCAGGCUACAAAGAGACCAAGUCACGAGAGAUGGGGCCCAUCGUCAACAGGAGGAGAGACUACAGAGGGAGCAGGCACGAAGAGAUCAGGAUCAUAUUCUACAGAUGACCGCGCUGCAGGAUGCGUAUAAACAACAAGAGGCCAACCUGCAGAGCAAGCUUGUCCAACGAAAGUCAGAACUAGAGAAAGAGCCUAGCCAGCGAAAAUCUGAGCUGUACAGCAUGAUGCUCGAUGCAGAUCAGCUCUAUAGUGAGAAGAGCAUGAAGCUGCGAGCUCAGUAUCAUCAGGAAACGCAGGGACUUCGGGAACAGCAUGACUUGCGGACACAGGAGUAUUUCAGGGAGCUACUCGAGUUGCAGAACCAGCACACCCAGCGGGAGGACGAGGAUCCGAAGAGGCAGUAUAUCUUGCGGCAGCAGGAACAUUGUCGGCAGCUAGCCGAUUGGCAGAAGAAGCUUGCUCUGCAGCAGUACGAGCUGGAGCAAGAGGAGACCAGAAUAGACCUAGAUCGUUCCCAAUGGCAUACCGCCAAGCAGCGGGAGCAGGAGGAGCUGGAGGAUCAACUGCGGCAAAUUCACGAGCAAAUGCCGCCAGAGACGAGGCGAGAGAUGGAGAAUCGAGCCAGUGCCUUCAGCAAACCAAACUCCACCCGCAUCUACACCUCGAUCGCAGAUAUGAAGGCCAGAAAGGCUGCCGCGGCUGCCAGACCCAGCAGGGCCAGUACGGCCCAUACACCAGGUACACCGAGCACAACCAGUUCAUCCACCGUCCCUGGGAGCCCUCCCAGAGCAUCUGACGCACCCAGCGCACCAAGCGCACCCGAGGGGCCAAGGGGGCCUAGCACACCUACAUCUGGCUCGGCCGGUAAGUCUCGCACCUUUCUCUCUGGCAAGGUAAUAGCUGGUAACAUCACUGCAGCCAACGACCCGAUCGUCCUAGACGGUCAUCAUCAAUUCCGGACUGUGAUCCGCAAUGUUGUCGUCGACGAUUCAAAGAUCGUAUUCAUACCAAAGCCUGGCGCUUGA